AUGCAUUUGCCAAGGGCAUUUUUGCGACGUCAAUCGGGACCGCCUGGAGGGAACAAUGGGCCGCCAAAUGGACCUGCCUUCCAGCCUUCUGGUGGAUCUGGCAAGACGACUGUGAUGCCCAUAGUUAUUGGCGUUGUUAUCGGCAUCGUCGCACUCCUGCUCGCCAUCUUUUUCAUCCGACAAGUCCGCACGAAACACAAGAACCCGAAAUACGUACCUACACCCUACCUCAAGAAGUUAUGGAAGAAGUGGGAGCCGGCGUCAGGCUAUCGUGUACCCGAUGGAAAUGAAACCCUGGAGCCUAUCGCCGCGACAAGACAAACCGGUGUGCGACGGUCUGGCAAUCCUCCAUCCUCAUUCACGGCUGCGGCCCGGGAUGCGGUUGAGACGGCUGCAAAUAAUGGUUCGAGUGCGGCUGUAGGGGUUGAUAGGAAUACAUCCGUGAGGUCUGUCAUGACCUUGCCGGCAUAUAAUCCGAGUGUCGGACAGAACGAGCAGGUCUUGGGACGAGAAGGCGAACGAGGAGGAAUCGAUGUCGUGAUUGAAUUUCCAGAGACGGUGGAUGAGGAGGAACAGCAGCGUGAAGCGGAGAUGGAAGCUCUAUACCAGGUCAGACUUGCGAGGAGAAGAGAGAAUGAAGAAAGGGAGGAGAGGAGAAGGCUGAGGAGAGAAGCGAGGGAGAGGGGUGAUUUUGUCGCCUUGAGGGAGAUUGCAGAGCGGCAGAGAACAACUUCGACAGCGACUACGGGGCCAACAGUUGAGGAGUUGAGGGCAGAACACGAUCGGAUCAAGAAAGAACGGCAACGGGCCGUUUCUUCGGUGUCUUACGCGGAUCUUGGGAUAGCACGACAUGAUGGAACGAGAUUACGAGCGAACAGUCACGAAAGUGAACGGGAAGGCCUACUUGGGGACGCAGCAAGUAUUGCUGCGAGCAGUCAAUAUCACCGCAGAGAUCGAAGCGCAAGCUCGGUAAUAAGUAUCGAUACGAUGAAUUCUGAUCUUCCAUCGCCUGGCUUCACACGAACGCGCGCGGACUCGAGACCAGGUACUCCCUCAAGUCGCAGAAGGAGCGGACAAAGUCAGGUAGGAACGGUUUCCACUUCGAACGAAGGCAGAGCAGGAAGUAGUCCUGAGAUGAUUGACCACGACGACAUUCCCCCGAACAGCCCGCCGGGAUACGAGAAUAUCUCGUUAGAUACACCGCAUGACGAACAACGAGCGCCACUGGAGCCACCGCCUGAUUAUUCGAGUCCGGUUUUAGGGAGUGGGGAUUACGUGUCGCCAAUUGAAGCAGUACUGCCUUCCCCACCAGCCGAAGCCUUUAACGAUCGCAGAAGUUCUGCUUCGAAUAGUCGAAGAGCCAGCCAUGUUGGACAAUUGAUGUCAGAUAGAAGGUCGAACAGCUCAAACUCCGCAGGAUUAGGCUCUCGACCAUCCACAGAACGAGGAAGCUCUCGAGGAGUGGCUGCUAUUCCACAAUUGCCGAGUCUGAGACUGCGAAGUCUACCUUCGAUUCAAGUCGAUGACGCGGAUGAGCGUGAUGUGACGGAGCAACGGCAUUAUGGCCACCCUGAUGAAUAG